AUGGGCGCGGUCAAGCGGAAAGCAGAGCAGGGCGCCACCCCGUCCAAAAAGCCCAAGGGCGCAUCCGGCGACCGAUCAGCGAAGCGGCGCAAGUCCGAUGUCGACCAGCAAUCGCCUGCAAAGGCGAAGCUUGAGAACCCUGCACCACCAACCAGCAUUUUCAAGGAUGAAGAGAAGAGGUCGUUUCCCAGAGGAGGCGCCAGUGUCUUGACUCCACUCGAACACAAGCAAAUUCAGAUAAAGGCGAACCAGGAUGUUCUUUUCGAGCAAACCGGCCAGAAGCGUCCCGGCGGCGAUGAUGGCGAAGGAUACAGCGACAUGGGCUCCGAGGACGAUGAGAAAAAGUCUGCGCCCAAGUCAAAGAAGAAGAUGACUAAGAAGAGCAAAAAGACACACGAGAGCGGCGACAAGGAGGAUGUGGUAAAGGUCGAGACUCUCAGCUACAAGAAACUGUCGCCUGGAACUAUUGUACUUGGUCAGAUCACCGACAUUUCCCACCAAGACCUUGUGCUUGCCCUCCCUAACAAUCUAGUCGGCUACGUUCCCCUCACUGCCGUGUCCGACAAACUCAACGAGAGACUAGAGAAGCUCCUCAAAGAAGAUGAGAGUGACAAGGAAGAUGGAAGUGACAAGGAUGACUUUGAGGAUGUUGACCUCAGGGAGCUCUUCUCCGUUGGCCAGUACCUUCGUGCAUGCAUCACCGCAACCAGCAGCGAAGGCGCAAAGGCAAGGAAGCGACUCGAACUGUCAAUUGAGCCCAAGCUGGUCAACACGGGCCUUACAAAGCGCAAAAUACCUGUCAAUGGCAUGAUACAAGCGUCUGUCGUGAGCAAUGAGGACCACGGUCUGGUCAUGGAUCUGGGUUUGAACGAUGCCACAUUAAAGGGCUUUUUACCAAAGGGCGAGCUUGGUCCAAACCUACAGCAUUCAAAAGUCCAAGAGGGUGCCGUCUUCAUGUGCCUGGUUACCGGGCUCAACUCUGACGGGCGCAUCGUCAAGCUCUCUGCCGACCACACCAAGGCGGGAAACCUGACCAAGGGCAAUACCUUGACAGAAGCACCUACCAUUGACGUAUUCCUCCCGGGAACUGCGGUCGACCUUCUCGUUACAGAAAACACGCCAAACACAAUCACGGGCAAGAUUCUGGGCUUGAUAGAUGCGACGGCUGACGCAUACCACUCCGGCGCGACUGAGAAGGCCACCGACGUGUCUCAAAAGCACAAAAUCGGAUCCAAAGUAAAGGCCCGUGUUUUAUUCACAUGUCCUGGCUCAGACCCCAGGAAGGUCGGCGUGUCUUUACUAGACCAUGUGCUUUCGUUGUCUACGCGCAUGUCUGGAAAACCCAAGGAGCGCAAGCCUCCGAUCGACCUGCUGCCAAUUUCCACCAUUGUUGAAAGCGCCAAGGUCGUUAAGGUGGCACCAAGCCAAGGUGCAUUCUUCGACCUUGGAAUCAAAGAUGUUGUCGGCUUCGCCCACAUCUCGCGACUCUCAGACGACAAAGUCGAUAUUCUCUCAGAGGAGGCUGGUGCAUUCAAACUUGACUCGAACCACAAGGCAAGAAUUGUUGGCUACAACGCUCUUGACGGAAUUUUCCAGCUGUCCCUUGAGAAGAAGGUCAUUGACCAACCCUUUCUCCGCAUUGAGGACAUCAAAGCUGGUGAAGUUGUCAAGGGCAAGGUGCACAAGCUUUUCGCAGACAAGUCUGGAGCAACCGCUGUUCUUGUCCAUCUGGCUGAUGGCAUUACUGGUCUGGUUCAAGAGAUGCACCUCGCUGAUGUCCGAUUGCAACAUCCAGAACGCAAGUUUAGGGAAGGACUACCGGUCACGGCUCGAGUGCUCUACACCGAACCCGCGAGACACCAAAUACACCUUACCCUCAAGAAGUCAUUGGUCAACUCCGAGGUAAAGCCUUGGACAAACUACGAUAUGAUUUCAGAAGGUGCCACUGGCCCUGGAAUUUUGGUCAGUGUCCGCCGUAAUGGUGCCACCGUGCAGUUUUACAACCGUGUAAAGGCAUGGCUUCCAGUCGCGGAGAUGAGCGAGGCAUUCAUUCAUGACGCAACACGACACUUUCAUGCUGGGCAGGUUGUCAACGUGCGUGUCCUCUCUGUUGACGCAAAAGAACGUCAGCUCUUGGUGUCCUGCAAGGAUCCUGCUGCUGUUGAUACCAACAAGGAAGCCGCCUUUAAUGCUCUCAACCCCGGUGGAAUCGUCAAAGGAACGGUCAUUGAAAAGUCUGACGAAUCGGCCACUCUGGACAUUGGCAAUGGUGUCAAGGGCAUUCUUCGCCUUGGUCAUCUGACUGACGGAUCAGAGAAGAAGGACAUCUCGACCAUGAAGAAGAUUCGCGUUGGUGGAACUUUGGAAGAUCUCGUGGUUCUCACCAAGCAUGGCAAAUCCAAAACGGCGACCGUAUCCAACAAACCUAGUCUUCGAAAAGACGCACAGGCCUCAAAACUUGCCAUCAGUAUUGAGGAUCUGCAAGCGGGUGAGACUGUGCAUGGAUUCGUGCGCGGUAUCCUCUCAGACAAGGUCUUUGUUGAGCUUGGCAAUGGCAUCAGCGGUGCACUGUUCAGAUCGCAGUUACCAGAAGACAUGGCUGCGGCGCCCGACUUUGGCCUCCGCAAGGACCAAUCCAUCACUGCCCGAGUUACGCAUGUAGAUGCCGGAAAGGGACUCUUUUGGUUGUCGAUGAGGUCUGAAGCUGAAGCUGCUUCAGCAAAGGCUGCUGCUGCCCCUCCAGUAAAGGUAGCAGAGCCUCUGGUUGACCCUGUGGACCCUAAAAUGACAUCUACCGACGACAUCAAGUUUGGUACUCUGAUGACCGUCCGUGUCCGGUCAGUCAAGGACACACAACUCAACGUUGAGCUUGCCGCAAAUGUUCCUGGUCGCAUUUCUGUAUCGGAACUGUUCGAAAACUGGGAUAGCAUUCCUGACAAGAAGCGACCAACUGCACACUUCAAGAUGAAUGAUACCAUCCAGGCUCGGGUUUUGGGAAGGCAUGAUCCUCGCAAUUUCCGUUUCCUCCCAAUCACAUCUCGGUCAAGUAACAAGACGACAACAUACGAAAUGACCGCGAGGACGAAGGAGAUCAAGUCAGAAGCGGAUGUGUUGAGCCUCGACAAAGUUACGGUCGGCUCAUCUCACAUUGCUUUCAUUAACAACAUUGCCGACCGCCAUGUCUGGGUGAACAUCUCAGCCAACAUCCGCGGGCGCAUCGACUUCUUCGACCUAACUGACGAUCUUGAGAAGCUAUCUGAUGUUGAGAAGAACUUUCCCGUGGGUUCUUCUCUCAAAGUCCGUGUAAAGGCAGUGGAUGCUGCGAAUGGAAAGCUAGACUUGACAGCUGCAUCUACAGUGACCGGAAAAUCACUGUCUCUCCAAGACCUGAAAGUCGGUCACGUCCUACCCGCACGUGUGACCAAGCUGCACGAUGCAUCAAUUGUUGUCCAAAUCAAUGAAAGCAUCGCUGCACCCAUCUUCAUGGAGCAGUUGGCAGAUGACUACGACAAAGCUCAGCCGAAGAAUUUUGUGGUUGGCGAUGUCUUGCGAGUGUGCGUUAUUGACAUUGACAUUCCAAACAAGAAGCUAGGAUUGUCGGCCAGGCCUUCCAGGGUCCUGAGCUCUUCAUUGCCAGUCAAGGAUCCUGAAAUCACCGAUCGUACACAGCUCAAGGUGAACCAAGUCGUCCGUGGCUUCGUCAAGCACAUUGCAAACAACGGUGUCUACGUCCGUCUAGGUCCACAUGUUGAAGCCUAUGUCCGCGUCAGUCACCUUUCAGACGAGUACAUUAAAGAUUGGAAGAGUGCAUUCCAUGUGGAUCAGCUCGUGACCGGCAAGGUCAUCUCGAACAAGGAAGAUCAACGCAACCCACAGCUGAGUCUGAAGACUUCAGUCAUCAAGACAGACUACGUCGAGCCCUUGGAAUUUGCUACCCUAAAGAUUGGCCAAAUCGUCACUGCCAAGGUCAGGCAUGUAGAGGACUAUGGCGUCUUCCUCAUUGUCGACAACUCGAACAAUGUCAGCGGUCUUUGCCACAUCUCUCAAAUAGCAGAUGCUGUUGUUGAUAAGGAGAAGCUCAAGGAUAUGUACAAGAAGGAUGAUGUUGUCAAGGCUAAAGUCAUCAAGCUUGACCCCAAGUCGAGGAAGGUCAGCUUUACGUUGAAGUAUUCACAGGUGAAGGGCGAAGGCGAAGGCGAAGAUGAGGAGAUGGAGGACGCCUCGGAUGUUGAGCAAUCGGAGGACGACGAUUCGGAGGGAGGAGUUGAGCUCGACGAUGAUGUUGAUAUGAGGAGCGUCAAGAGCGCAGAAAGCGAUGAUAAUAUUGAGCUUGCCGACGCAGAUAGCUCUGAAGACGAGUCUGACGACGACGAGUCAAAAGCAACUGCAAAGGGCCUCAGCACUUCUGGCUUCGAUUGGACGGGUGCCACCCUCGACUUUGAUCAGCAAAAGGGUGCGGCUGAAUCCGAGUCCGAGGAUGAUGCUCCAAAGAAGAAAAAGAAGAGCAAGAAGGCCACCAUCAAGGAAGAUCGCACUGGUGACCUUGAUGCCUAUGGCCCUCAGUCUGUCGCAGAUUACGAACGCUUACUCCUCGGACAGCCUAACAGCGCCGAGCUGUGGGUACGCUAUAUGGUAUUCCAGCGCGAGCUUAACGAGAUUGAGAAGGCGCGCCAGAUUGCCCGUCGUGCGCUGGCCACCAUCAACCCACGAGAGGAGAAGGAGAAGCUUGAUGUCUGGACGGCCUUGCUGCACUUGGAAAACGACUUCUCCAGUGACGAUGCAAUCAACGCGGUCUUCAAGGAAGCAUGUCAAAACAACGAUGACCGCGAAAUUCACGAGCGCAUGAUCAAGAUUUACAUUUCAUCGGGCAAGAUUGACAAAGCAGAUGAGCUUUAUCAAUCCAUGAUGAAGAACAAGUCGUUCACAGCCGACCCGAAAUUCUGGCUUUCCUACGCCGCAUUUCUCAUGGACGUUAUCCAGCCACCAUCUCCAGGUCGGGCCCGCGCCCUUCUUCAACGCGCCACACAAUCUGUUGCAGCCCCUCAACACCGGUAUCUUACUCAAAAGUUUGCCGCGCUGGAAUUCAAGUCGCCCAAUGGUGAUACCGAGCGCGGCCGCACCAUUUUCGAGGGACUCGUCGACACCUUUGCCAAGAAGGGAGAUGUAUGGGACAUGUAUCUGAUGCUUGAGCAGAGCCACGGUGAGGCUGACAAGGUCCGAGAUUUGUUCGAGAGGAUGACCAAGGUGGGCAAGUCGUCGAGGAUUAGGGGUGUGUUCAAGAAGUGGGCAGAGUGGGAAAACAGCGUGGGGAACAAGAAGGGUGUUGAGAAGGUGAAGAAGCUGGAGGAGGCAUGGAGGGAGAAGAAGGCGGAAAAGGAUGACGAGUAA